GCGCGCGCAUCUACACGAAUUGUCUGUGGAUUUCAUCGCGGUCGGUGUGGUGGUUCUUCGGUGCCUUUGAUUGACUACGCCGGUUUGUGUGUGAUUUGCGGGCGGGCCGCCUUCUCCCCUCCGACAAGAUGGCGUGCAGACGGUGCGGGACAGUGCCGUCAUGGAGCCCACUCUUCCUGGCCCUAGUCACACUGGCGACGCUCGCCGCAGGAGGCGGGCAGUCGCAGCCGCAGUCGCAGCAGCAGCAGCAGCCAGCCCAAGUCGCCGCCCCGUCCGCCGACAAGGAUAUCGAGAGCAGGGGCUCCACCAAGUCCAUCGUCACGGUGGCGCCAUCGCCAUCCCCACCACCGGCGACCUACCAGUACGGCUACGAAGUGGGUUCCGCACCCUCGUCGAUGCUGGAUGCGAGCGCCAAAGAGUCGAGUGCCAUCGCACUUGGACGGUAUCCUGUGAAGGACAGCGUCGCAGGAAACCAGCAGGUCGAAGACGUGUCGGGACCUUCUGCCUCUGCCUUCAGGGCAGGCCUAGUCUCCGAUUCCGCGCUACGAGUCGAACAGGGGCGGAGCAGCCAGGUCUUCUUCGAACCCAAGACGCCGGAGAAGGAAGAGGAAUCUUCUUUAGUCACCAGCUACGAGAUACCGCGCGCCUCUGCCAUACCCGUGCCCAAGAAGAGCGAAGAAGACACCAGCUCUGGCGCAGAGCAAGGUGGGACGGUGUUCAGCCAGCCCAACAAGAACGAAAGGAGAAUCGUGGUCACGUCAAAGGGAUCUCUGCCCAUCACACAACGCCAGCAGAAACGCGUGAGCCAAGCACAGAAGAGCGAAACUACACAGGAGAGGCCAAAGACAUACCACGCGAGAACGUUCCCCAAGCCUCAGAGGACGCCCCAGUACCGGCCCACGUCGCGACCGCAGUACAAGCACAGGACAACGUUGCAUCCGACACCGGCGUCUGUCGUCGACUACGAAUCGAAGCAGGCGAGCACAGAGCAGUCGGCCCAGGGUGUAAGCCAGGCAAGUCAAGUUGCGCAUCAGAGCCCGUCGACCGCGAGUCUCACCAGUCAGGAGACCUUCAAGCAGGAGCAAAGGGCCGGUUACGAGAAGCGGCCGCAGCUGACGCAGAGGCCGAGGACGGGCAACACGUACGAAAUACGGACGCCACAUUCCACUCAGUACGUGAGCAUCGGAGGCGACGCUGCAGAGAAAGCGGCCGCCAGGUACCAGCACUACCAAGACCAGCACCAACAGCAACAGAACCAAGAGCAGCAGCAGACGCCUCCGUCAACAGCUAGCGUCUACAACUCUUACGACUCCUCGUCGUACCAGAGCACAACACCGGUGCAAUCGGACCAAACGAACAAGGACGCUGGUUACUCUACAGCCGCCCAGCAAGAUACGUAUGCCAACCAGGGGUACAGACCGCAAGACAUCAGGAGCGUGACCGUAGGAGCAUCAGCCCAGGUGUCAGACUACAGCCAAGGGACUGCCACGCAAAAGAAUGAGCAGGGGCAGCAUGAUUACCACCGUGGCACUGCUUACCCAGCACGAGUGAGUGACGCAACCCAAAGGAGCCCGACGCAACCGAGCUCGACACUGUCGUUCAAACAGGGCUAUCUCUCUUCCAAAAAGGGAGGCACAACGCAAGCGCAGCAGUCAUCUCGUGAAAACUACCACCACCAACAGCGGCAGCACCUCCAGCAGCGGCAGCGGCAGCAGCAGCAGCGGCAGCAGCACCAGCACCAGCAGCAGCAGCAACAGCAGCAGCGACAGCACCAGCAGCAGCAGCAACAGCAGCAACAGCAGCACCAGCAACAGCAGCAACAGCAGCAGCAGCAACACCAGCAACAGCAGCAGCAGCAACACCAGCAACAGCAACACCAGCAACAGCAACACCAGCAACAGCAGCAGCAGCAGCAGCAGCAACACCAACAACAACAAACCUACCAACGAAACCAGCAUAACUCCGGUUCUUACGACAGUCAAGAGGGAUCUCAGCAAGCGAGAACGCCCGCGUAUGACUCGCGGUACCAGACGACUUCUAAGCAACCGAGGACGCAGACAACCUUGUACAAGUACCACCGGGGAACCUACCAGCAGGAUAGAACGCAGCAAGGGGACGAUGGACAGGGGCCGUUUUCUCCCAUAGAUUACAGCCGCCAAGGUAAUCACGGCCCAAACACGCAGGGUAUAACGACGCCUUCGCAUCGCCCCUUCGCUCCGCACCAGCAACAGCACUACGGGCAAGCUCACUCAUUAGGAAAAACGACGACAAGAUCUAACACCGCGUCCGGACAGCCCGAACCGCAGUACUCGAAGCCUGCCUUACCGCCUCUUCGCAGUAGCUUCCGCGCUACACCGAAGCCGGACAAUCAACAAGGAGGCGGGCAGCUGCCGUUGCCUCCCCCAGAACCAACACCACCUCCGCAGGACGCUCAGGUACUCCUGGUCGAAAUCAACAACCCUCAAGCGCAGGUCUAUGGGCAGCAACUCAAGGCCGUACAUCGGCAUCAGCAGCAACAACAGCAGCAGCAACAUCAACAACAGCAGCAAGAGCAACAACAGCAACAGCAGCAACAACAACAACAACUGCAGCAGCAACAACAGCAGCAGCAGAACAACUUGCUUCAGCAUCACCACCUGGCCGAACUGCUGGCCAGCCACCAGAAGAUUCCACUGAUGCAGCCACUACACUUCCUGGGAGCCGCAGGCCCGAACCAGCCGUUACGCGUUCCCAUCAUCGAGGUGGCAUCUCCCCUCCUGGCCGCAGGUAACCUCCAGCAACAGGGACCGCACCUUCACAACCUAAGACAGGAGAUCCAACGACAGCUUCAGCAGCUCAACCAACCCCACCAACAGCCGUUCUUGUUCGGUCAGCCGCAGGACGCCAUCCAACAGAUGCUCAAGUCGCACCAGCUGUACGUGCCGCAGAACCAGGGCAUUCAGAAGGUCAUCACGCAGGGACCCGUGCCAAUCGAGCUGAAGGUCGAGCCACUGUUUGACGUGAACCACAAGGGAACGGGAGACGGCGACGGUAUCAAGGACGUGCGCAUACAAGCGUUGAAGCCGAUUCCCCUGCCUGCAUCACCGGUCGGGCAUGGUCCUCAUGGAGGGUCGAACGACAUACCCUUCGAAGUUAACAUGCUCGUGGACGCGGCCAAGAAGGCGAUCAUGUCGGCGGGCGGCUUUCCGAAGCCAGAAGUGAUCGUCGUGGAUGGAAGUCAGGGCGGCCAGAUGCCCGAAAACGUCCUGCGAGCCGUGCAACAGAUACUCAACGAAGAGCACGCCGCUCGCAGCGAGGCCGGUCGCCAGCCGAAGGGCUCGUCCUCGCAACACUCGCAGCAGAAGAGCCACGCCGAGCAGGCGUUUCCGGCCGCGGCCAGCGUCAAGCUCAACGACAAGCUGAACGUCCAGGUGGCCGGACUGCUGGUGGACAGCCACAGCCUCCAGAGCGUCUUCCCCAAGAACCUCAUCCACGGCACGGGCAGCUCCAAGCUGCGCUACAACGAGCCGGUCAACGUGCACAUUCCCGUGAGCGACCUCCCGCCGCGGCCUGCCGUAGACGUGCGCAUCAGGGGCCCCGACGGGAAAGUUUCGCAAGUGCUCGUCCCGCUCCACGAUGCGAACAAGUUGGCGGCGUUGGCCAAAGAAGCCGGCGGCGGCAACAACUUCGCUGGCUCGGCCUUUCCGGCGAACCUUUUCCAGGGCGUGCAGAACUUUGGUCGCGGCGGGGGCGGGCACCAGGGUCAGAAGGAGGGUCUGCUUCUGGGCGGUUCGGCCCAGCAGCCCGCGUUCGGCAUCGGACCCGUCCGGUUGGGCGAGAAAGUGAGCCUCGUGGACGGCGCCGGCGGGACGCUGCAGAUCGCCGACCUGCCGCAGUUUGACCCUGCGGCCCUGGCGGCGGCGGCAACGGACAUGAUCCAGUUCAGGCCUCUUUGAACUUCUGCGUGCCGUUGCGAUCUGUGAAGCCAUUUCCUUGGAGGAGCAGACGAGAGAAGCCAGGGCGUAACUCACGCCACAAGCCGCAGACCAUCCUGGCUAAGGAACGGAUUUACACUUCGGUCGCUGGCCAACGUUUUCAAAGUCCGUGAGGGUUCGUUGCUUACGUGACGAGGAACAGAGCUUGUUCACAAAUAGGGUAGCGGGAAGCAUUUUGAGAGGAAGCUUUAGCUCGGGUGCUCCUAUCUAUAUACAUGUAGAAGGAGAAUUCGCUUUUCUUGGCAACAACUGCACCAAAUUUGGCGAGGUUUGUUGCAUUUAAAGGAAAAACUCAAAAUCCAGUGACUGUUGGCUUCAAAUUUUCGAUUUAGGCCGUCAAUCUUUUAUUAAAAGUUGGCAAAAAUUGAAAAUUUUCAGGACACGAAACCAUCAAGUUUACAACUCUGUAACUCAGCAAUGGAAAAUGAUAUCACAAUUCUGUGAAUUGCAUCUAAUAGUACAUAUAAAGCGGACAAAAUUGAUUUGUUACACAAUAAUCCAAACAAAAAGAUUACUUGUAUGGAAAUACAGCUUUUGCAGAACUCUUGUACAUAACGUAACAAAUUCACGGAAAAUGUAAAAUGACACGUCGAAUUUGUCCGCUUUCAUUCAUCUAACAGAUUCCGUUUACAGAACUGCGAUGUCUGUUUUUGACGCAGAGCUAUUGAUUUGUAAACUUCGUGCUUCUACUUUUUUUCAGACUUGCGAAUCUUUAAAAAUCUUUCUAUCAAUAUUCAAGCCCUGAAUCAAAAUUCCGCUUCCAACAGUCACUAGAAUUUAACUUUCUCUCUCAAAUGCAACAAAUUUCAUCAAAAUCGGUUCAGGGGUUAUUUCAGAAAAACGUUUUUGCGUUUUACAUGUAUUUGAAUAGGCCGCCUUGGAGUUGAAAUUUUCCUCUUAAGCAACAUAAACAGAGCAAACGGUACCGGCACCUGACUUACUGCUGGCUUUUAAUAUGUGGUUCUUCAGAGGAAAAAAUGCGGUACACCACAGCAUAGUUCCUAAUUAACAGCCAUUGGUUACUUGGUGAAACCAGCAAGCAAUGCCAAAUGAUCGCGUCGCGACAACUUGUUAGGUGGAUGGUCUGUGACGGCAAUAUAUAUCCUACAUAGUCGCGAACCCUCAAAAGCGGACGAAAUUUCACAGUCUUUGACUGCUGGAGAACAUUAAGUCGAGUCAUACGUAAGGGGCCAGAAAUGAUCGAUAAAUAACAUUCAUGUCUAUGAAACCACUAGCAGUGCUUAGCCUGAAGCCCUUGCUAAAUUUAUGAGCUUUAUUGUCAACAGUGUCAAAUGUAUUUAGUCCUAACUAUAACGGCGAAGCCAAAUUUAAAUUACGUAGACGUCAGAGAAAAUGCAUGUGCAAUUCGUUCUCUGGCCGUCAGAAAAUCUAGGGAAUGCGAGCACGCGCUUUGUGUGGUUACGAUAACUCACAUGCGCAAACUCGGACCCUUUACAGAAGCGGAGUUGUUAACUAGCGGGUUUAUCAAUUCCGCAUAAGCUGUUAAAGAACAUGCACAAAUCACUAGGCGGAGAAUAUAAUAAAAUCCUCACAGGAUUUGAAGAAACGUUUAUGUCAACGAUAUUGCGAAGCAAUUACCAAACGGCGCUGAACGUUUUAAGGAAAGUGAUAGUCCUUGGUAGUUUCGUCUGUUCCUCUAGAAGUGGCUUUUACAGGUCAGCCUAGCUCGCAUUUACCACAGCUUAUAGCGCGCAUUGGCUCAUGGUGGGAUUCGGAAAGGCGUCUCCCUGUGUUCCCGGGGAAAAGCGUGCGAACAAACUCAUUUCACUUUUUCCUCCAGUUCUGCGCUUAAAUGAAUCGUUCACUCGGCAGCUCUAGAGGCGUACUGGCUUGAGAGACAUGUAUCAGCGUAUAGAUUGGCGUACAGGAUUGGUCAGGCAUCUUGAAGCGGGGACCCGAAGUUUGUGAGAUGGUUUGUGACGCGACCAGCGGCUGUUGGUGUUAUGUUGUGCUUGAGUUGUUAUCCUGUUAUGUGAGCUGUAUUAUCACUUGAGUCGUCAUGUAUAAGUCGUCGCAUACCAAGUUAAUGGGUUGUCUGAGAGAAAUUGUGCCCGUUUCUUGCGAGAAAGUAGUGAAUGUUCCGAUGUUUCUUCGUAUAGUGGUCCGGGCGAAAGUUGUGAAGGAUAGACCCUGCAUUCAUGCCAUGUGUGAUCGAAUUUGUACGCAGCGUUCAGAAAUUUCUUCUUCAAAUGGCAGCUGGGCUGCUUUUACAAUCUCUUUGUGUCUUUUCACGGGAUGCUUUCAAUCGGUGGUCUUAAGAGGACGAGCUUGAACAGAUCCCGCACUAAAUUCUUUUUUUUUUGUUCAGUCUGUUUAGUGCUUUAUAGAAAAAGAGAAGGUAGAAAAAAAAUGAACGCAGAAUGAAUACAUAUUUGAUGCUAACGGUGAAGUUGUAUCCAAUGUAGAAAGGAAAGCAAGCUGUCAGCAAGGCUAACAACAUAGUAGGCAUAUGAUCUAGACGAGGUCAAGUUGUGACUUCUGAAUAAUUAAUGGUUCAUUUGGCCUUUUCCUUCAAAAUUCAAAAUUUAUAUCGUCCCGUCUGACGGUAGCAGAGGGUUCGGUUCGGGCAAAGUGCUCUUUUGUUAUGAUCGGUCACACGAAUCAAGAGGCGUUUCCUGAGUGAUUCGCUUCGCAUAAAAAGAAGUGUUCUGAUUCACCUACAUAAACGAGUGGAUACGAAAAGUGAGCCGCUCCCAAGCUGAAAGGACAGCAUUGUAAAUAUCUCUUGUACAUAUACUUUCUUUUGUGCUCGUCCUGUGUUACUAUGCGAUCAUUUUAGCAGUUCAUAAUAAAAAAAAAAUCUCCGCUCAUUCGUGCAAUCAGCGAUAUCCUCCCGCGUCUUUCGUCUGUAUUAUGCGAAAACGAGUGUUUGAAGACUUUGUGCGGUUCCCAGUAACAACAGAGACACAUUUAGACCACUUAAGCCUGGCACAGAGACGUUGUCAAGGUGCACAUAUGAGGAAAGUUAACGCACAUGCGUGACAACUUCACGGAGCGUACGUGAGGCGUGCCUUCUCACGCAGCAGCAUUUCUGUCACUCCCAGCUGUGACCGGGGAUGAGUGUCAUACAGUAUAUUUCUCACUUUGAGAGACGGCGCGUGAGACGCAUUUGAGCCGUGACCUCCCAACGAGCGGCAUUAAACAGACUCGCUGACGCAGCUCCUUGAAUACGUUCGAAUUACGUUCUACUUGAUUUUCUAUGUAACUUGAGCCUCGUGUCGCUAGUGAAGCCAGUUACACUUUAAACACAAUACCUUUCUUGCAGGUGUACAUUUUCGGAAUUUAGAAGUAAUCAGCGCUAUUUAUUUUAUGGAAUGAUAACAGUCGCACGAGCUUCGGUGUUGGGUUCUAUUGUGCCACGUUGCCUCUAGGUUGCGAGGUUGCAAACUUGCAUCUGUGCUGGUAAAAUUUACAGGGAUGUGGCCUGACGUGAAGGUCCAAAAUUUCCAAAUUUGUGCGGACGUUACAAUUUUUGAAGGUAAGUAGUGCUGAUUACCUUUAAGUCACGUGACAGAGAUAAAACUUUAUUAUGUUCUUGAUGGGGUUCAGGGGUGGCGGGGGUCGGGAGACCAACCCCCAAUCCCCCCCUUCCUCAGACGGCGGCCAGUCCUUGCUUUCUGGCGACGUCUUCGGCCAUCCGGACGGCCCAGAGCCUGAAUCCGCUCCUUUACGUAAAGCAUAUCGUGUUUAUAGUGCAGCAAAUGAGUCUACGGUAUUUGAAACGAAACCCCGUGGCAGAAGCAGUUACGAUGUGAAUUUGCUUAGAUCAUUUGCGCAGUGAGAUAAGGUGUGUUCAGUUGCACCGCCGACGUAAGAGCGGGGAAAUGCUUCAGUCCGAAGCGGCAAGAGGCCCUCUUUCUGGCGGAAUCACUUUCGGAGAGAUCGUUUUCCGCGCUGGCUGGCUUAAACCCGAGCGGAAUAUUACGUACAUGAGUAAAAAAAAGUUUGUGGACGGGUAGAGUUCUUCUCAGUUUGUUUUCACGUCUCCCUCGGGUGCAUUUGACCGUGGAGUUUCCCACAAAAAAUUACUAGACAAAGCUUUGGUGCUAGGGUCCACGGAAGCUGCAAGCUCGAUGGUUCGGACAGCAUGGGAAUGAUGGUCAGCACGUUGCAUUUGCCUAAUCUUCGUUCUUCUCGCUUGUAAAGGCUUUUGUGACUUUGGAAAUUGAUCAUUUGUAACAAAAUAUGGCGUUGCAAAGUGCAACUAUUUGCAGUGCUUAUGCAAGCGCGCAGAGCCUUAUCGCCUCUGGGGUUUAGAAAGAUGGGAUUGCUUCAAAGUUUGGGCCAAUAAAGGCAGGUAAACCGCAGUAAACGAAACCGCAAGGACGUCUGAAGCCACAAGCUCAAAGAUUAGACAAAUCCGUCUACUAGCCGUAUCAUUUCCAUGGUAUCUGAACUAUCGCAGAGCCACACUUCCUUCUGGUAACUUUUGUAAGAAAAUCUAUAAAUUUUACGCUUUCUUCCAAAAGGGUCGUCAAGUGCUGAGAGAGAGAGAGAGGGGGGGGGGAGAUGGAGAGGCAGGCAAGUGAACAAGACUUUGUCCGGUUUGCUACCUAAAUCAUGGCGAGUGGAUGGGAUGAGCAAGAGAGAAAGAAGACAGAAAUUCAGAUAAGUCAGCUCGGAACGCUUCAAGCGCAGUGGGAAUCGAGAGCAGUAAAUCCCUAACGCAACAAUAUGAAUAUGAAUGCCAAAAUUGUUUUCAUGACGCCAUAGUUGCUAAACCCACAUCAAACUAAAUGUUCAACGGAAACGAUGCUAGUUUCAGAUUCGAAUUCGCAGAUCACUAGCACGUGAAUUUUUCUACCGAUAGGCAGGCUUCACUGCGAAUGGACCGUUUCUCGUUUACGUUGAAGGCAAGUCCGAACAUCUGCAUCGCGAAAUAUGGAUUAUGUUUAGAAAGAAACAUACGAAAUGGCUAAUUAUAUAUUAUUUUGCAAGUAUUUAUGUUUACAGGCAAGCGAGAUGCCCUGUAAAUCAGUUUCGUCGUGGCACUCGGAGAUUAACUUUAAGCACCACCGCAUAGAAGUUUUGUGAGGAGAAAUUAUAGCUUCUAGAAGGUUUUCUUAAAACAAGUCGAAGGCACGUUUUAAGCCAAAGAGGGCGACAUUCAUUGAAAUCCACGCACUGCCCGUAAUUUCCGUGCUGGUGGCACAUGCAGUUGCCAUCACCAAAUUGUAGUCGAAAUACCUCAGUGCCAUGCAUCACGACACAUUGAACCAAAUGGAAGCAGAAAAUUUGACGAUGUUUGCGGUGCGACCAGAAACUGCGCUGCUUGCUUCAUCACACGCAACGUGAGCAUACGUAGGACCUCUUCGGGUGAAGAAACAGUGAAUACGGGUUGAGGGUGACCAUAGAUCUGUGAACGUAGACGAAGGCACUGCUAAACGAGUCCGCAAAAUCUAGGGCACUGUCGUGGAGAGAAAGUCGCUUUCGCGACUCUAAUCUCCGCCGGCACGAAAAAAGAAAGGCAGAGCACUCGCAUGAAGAUUGAGGUCUGAAUUCAACAGCGGCGAAAAAGUACGCAAGAAACCCUCCCAGUGUGAAGCCGACGCCAUAGAACCUUACCACAGUUUCGACAAGAACAUUGGCCACGAUGAAGAAAAGUCCACGUUGUCGAAACGCGAGCUCGAGGUUCAGACGUGCCCCGAUUCGUCCACUGUUAAACGUCGUGAAGACGUUUGUAAACGACUUAUACAUGACUUACGAAAAGUUGCAUUAUGCUAGAGAGAGAGAGAGAGCGCGAGAAUGCGUACGGUCAAAGAGCCCACGAUUUCCUCUCCGACAUUGAUUCCGCCGGCAUCUUUCCUCAGAGCCGAUUUGUGUUUGGCUAUUUCUCUAGAAGUCGCAUCACAUCACAACAGCGAGCUAUAGUGACUUCUUAGGACAAGAAUUCGUACUUCCGUAGGCUUCUUUUUAAAAUUUUUUUUCUUGCAGAUGUUUCCGACCAAUUUCGCAAAUCAAGUGUCAUGAUGCCUGAUAUCGGUGCAAGAUGAAUUUGCCGGUCACCUAUGAAAGGCAGUGACUCAUUUCAAUGCACGUCGCGCUGCUUUUCAAAUUUUUUGAAAGGGGUAGGGGAGGGCACACAGCUGCCAAUAGAAAUCAGUUAGCAAGAUUCGAGUAGUUUGUGAACAAGCGCGAAAACAUGAACUGACCUUCUUGAUGUUAGUGAAGCUUAGUGUCGUUACUGUUAGAAUUCUCAGUUGUUUAGAUAUAUACGUUGAUAAGAAAAGGUACACUCAAACAUAUAUACUUUCGAGGCUUUGUCUGCUUCACGGCUAGAGUGGUGAAAGUUAUUUUGACCCUUCUACAGCAUUACUCGCCCCCAAAAACAUUAUCAAGGGAUGGGGCAGGGGGUUCGUAGAAAUGUGUCGAACUUUGAAACUUGAAGUCAACGAAGCGGGCUUGGUAACGUGGGUUAGUGAUAGACGAGCGGCAUUUGUGGUAGUGUUGACACGUGUUUGGGAUGCCGGGCGCGACGGGAGGGGGGCCAAACUUUCGGUGCAUAUUCGCUUCCGUCCAGCAAGCCCGCUCUCUCCUUCACGGCAUGCGGGUCUCUGACGGUCUGGCAAGCAGCCGUGCUGCGCGGCCAGCACUGUUGUAACUUAUGUGUAACGAUCUGCUGGUGCAAAUAAAAAUGU